AUGGCGCUCUCGUCGGACCUCAUUUUCAGCAUCUUCUCCACCUGCCUCUGCGCAACGCUCAUCCUCUUCCGCUGCGUCUACCGCGCCGUAUCGCGAUGCCACAUCCACAAGACGUGCCACCGACACUGGCGCAACGAUGACACCAUCAUGGCAUUUGCGCUGUUGCCGCUCAUCGGUCGAUCCGCGACGAUUCUGAGUGCCUUUGUGCUCAAUCCGCCGCAGUCCACGGCGCCAGUGUCGGUCGAGGAGGCCAACGCCGUGGGCUUGACCGUUGCGCAGUUGAACGCGGACAGGGAGCUGGCGAGGAAACUGCUUAUCCCUGGCAGGAUAUGCUAUGCCUUGUUCUUGUGGUGCUUGAAGCUCUGCCUUCUCGCAUUCUACUCACGAUUCAUCAACACGCUGGACUGGGGCAAAAGAGCGGCCACCAUCUCCUGGUGGUUCAUUGUUGUCACCUUUGUGGGGGUCGUAAUCGCCACUGUUUCGGAGUGCCGUCCACUUCAUCUGUUCGUCCACCCCCGAUCCUGGGGACACCAGAAGCUGACCAAUGUCUUUAAUAGUGCCUGGGAUUUAGCGCCCCCCGGCAAACUUCCGACCUGCGCCAAGGCAAUGGCCAACCUCCUCACCAUGGCGAUCACCAACAUUCUCACCGACCUGGUCCUGAUUGCGCUGCCCUUUCCGAUGCUGCGAAACGUCAGACUACAAAAGAAGGACAAGCUCCAACUGUACCUCCUCUUCGGCAUCGGCACCAUUGUCGUCAUCAUCACGCUCCUACGCCUUCCACUCAUCCUCACACAAUCACUCAGCCAGCGAACGCGAUCAUUGUGGGCGUCCAUCGAGAUUCUGUGCGCCUGCAUCGUGGCCAACGCUGCCUUCUUCUUCACACUGUCGCGCGACAUACAGCGACGACAUACGAGCCAUUCGCAGGGCUCCAACAUACCACCGCCCGAACCAGUCCUCUAUCUCCGACGGAUCUCGACGUCUUCGGCUACUGGCGAGGUGCACUUUUCGUCGUCAAAGGCGUCGUCCAAUGGGGAGGACCGCGUGACGGCGCUGGAUGACCUGUAUAAUGACGAGACGCGGAUAAUAGGACGGCAAUGA